CUCUGCUUCUUGUGUCUGUACCAUUUUGUAUUCUCAUCUCCCUCCCUAUACUCUGUCUCUCUCUCUCUCUCUCUCUCUCUCCUUCUGUGCAAUCUUUUUUUAAACCCUAAAUUCGAUCUUCAUGGGAGAAUCCAUUCCUCCUCGCCCCAUAUCCGUUCAUCAAGUUCUUGGUGGCGGCGCAGUGGCUGAUUUGCUGUUAUGGAAGAAAUGGUUUGCGAGCGUUACGGUUCUUUUGACUGCGACUACUAUGUGGAUGCUGUUUGAGCGAGCUGGUUAUAAUCUCUUGUCUUUUGUAGCCAAUGUGUUGUUCCUUCUUGUUGCCAUUCUAUUCAUAUGGGCCAAAUCUGCCACCCUUCUCAACAGGCCUCUCCCUCCCCUGCCUGACCUAGAAAUUUCUGAGGAGACUAUUGUCAAAGCUGCUGAUGCGCUUCAAGUGUAUGCCAAUCAUGCAUUGUCAAUUGCUCGUUUGAUUGCGAUUGAUAGAAAUUUGAAAUUAUUCCUUCAGGUCGCGAUUGGUUUGUGGGUAGCAUCAUUUAUUGGUAGUCUCUGCAAUUUUCUCACUCUUGUCUAUAUUGGUGUUCUCCUUAGCUUUUCAGUUCCUGUACUUUAUGACAAAUACCAGCAUCACAUUGAUGAAAAGUUGUCUGUAACACACAGAAUUAUUCAAACACAGUAUAGGAAAAUCGAUGAUAGCCUCCUAAAGAAGAUUCCACUACCAUCAGGCAAGGAAAAGAAGUUUCAGUAGGGUUCCAAGUAGUUCAGCAAAGUGUGGCUAGGGGUGUGCAGAUUGGUUGUCAACAUAGAAUAUGAUCAGGUUCAAUUCUACUCAGGUUCUCAUUAGUAGCACUAUCAAACAUCAAAUCCCAGUAAUAUUUGGGUGCAGGAACUGACCUAACUAUCUACAACAAGUGAAUGGGAGAGAAUGUUCAAUUUUUAUUGUUUCUCUGGGUUGCCUUCUUUUGUUGUGAUUUUCUCGUCACCAAGUAUUUUUGAUCCGUUAUACCAAAAAAUACUACUAAUUGAUGCCUCAAGUUCGUGUUCCUUACUGCUUGCUGUAGAAAACAAUGAUAUUAAUAACGGAGUGAAUGAAUGAGUGGUAGAGAGACUGAGAAAUUAAUUAGUUGGAAUUUCUGUCUAAGUUCCAAUUGACUAAAAUGGAGCAUGUUAUGCACAUUCACUUACUGAAAAUUAUCUUUUUCUUUUUGCUGUGAUA